AACAUUUUAUGCACACAUAAAAAGUUUUAUGGCAUUGUUCGUCUUUUAUUACUUGUGUGUAACCCAAAACGUAAAUUGUUUCUAUUUUUAAAUUGUUUCUAUUUUUAUUGUCCAAUCAUAUCGGGUUAUAGGAUCACGUGAGCUCUUUCUACCAAUAAAAAUUGAUCCUGGCCAUACUCGUUUUGGAAUCCUUACUACGCAGUUGCAUCUUUAUUAUUGUCAUAAAUUUCGACAAAUUCGCUCUUCAGCGGUAAUAUAAACGUUUUAUUUAUUACACCAUAUGACACAGUCUUAUGUGGUGUUUUUGAAGGAUUACAUUUCUUUACACGGUGAUCUACAUUAUUUGUGUUUUAAACGUGUUUAAGGGACAAACAGCUAGUUUCCUUUGUUUCCUUUGUGUGCACGACUAAAUCUCGCGUGAUUAAGCUCUGACUCCCGCGACGUGAUCCAAGAUGGCGGCGCCCAUCUCGAAGAAAGUUUAUAUCUUUGGACACUCGUUCGUGAAGAGGUUGAAGGAUUUCAUUCGUCAGGAUCCGUCACUUCGUUACGAUUUGGGCCUAACCGGCAGUCCGAUGAUCCAAUACUCGGGUUUUCCAGGCGCCACAGUGGACUGUCUCCGUAAUAAAUUACAAGACAUCUUGGAUUUCGUUCCAGACAUUGUGAUCUUGGUUGUGGGAACCAAUGAUAUCUACAACCCGAAUCAAUCGCCACUCUCUGUAGCUUCGGCAAUACGUGAUUUUGUGGACACCUUACUUUUUGUUCAUGGAAUUCCUCGAGUUAUUGUGCUGCAAACACUGCACAGACAUUCCCCUACUUGCCACACUCGUUAUCCAGUUGACAUUCAUUGGUUCAACAACAGGGUCGAUGAUUUGAACAGUCUUCUCAUCGACUGGCUGAAUUCUCCGCCCCAUGGCCGAGCAUACCUGUGGCGUUUGAAGGGGUUUUGGUCACCAGAAUGUAUCCGUACUAACUUUGCGGAUGACGGUUGUCACCUUUCACCUCGUGGCCAGCAUAGAUUUUUCACCAACAUUCGGGCCGCGGUUGUCGCUGCCCUUAAACAAUCGAUCUGAUUAGUUAUCAUAUUUUGCCUGAUAACUUUUCAGGUUUUUUCAAAUUGGUCGGUCUGUUUUAGUAGGUUCAGACCAGAUAUAUAUAUUCCGUGUCAUAUUUUUGUCACUUAAAGUUAUCAAUCCAAACGGGACACAAUUUUCUGUUACAUUAUGACGGUUUUAGCUAUCAUAUUCACAUGAAAUUGAUUUUAUUAAGGCCGUUCUUUAAUACUACGCCUGAGUUAUUCAGUUCUGACGGAUAUGGAUAUUAUCGUUUUGUUUUUUUUCGUAAGAACUAUAUUUGGGCCUGAUUUUCAUUAUUCAGUGCAGGCUAUGCUUUAUAUAUUCCAAUAUUAUGCCUGAUUUUAGUUAUUCCGUUCAGGCGGAUAUUGACGUGCUAGUUCUCUAUGUAAGACCUAUAUUUAUGCCUGAUUUUAGUUAUACCGUUCAGGCUUUGUCUAUAUUUUCCAAUAUCAUGCCUGAUUUUAGUUAUACCGUUCAGGCUGAUAUUGUUGUCAUAGUUCUCUACAUUAGAACUAUGUUUAUGCCUGAUUUUAGUCAUACCGUUCAGGCCAUAUUUUUAUUUUUCCAUAUCAUGCCUGAUUUUAGUUAUACCGUUCAGGCUGAUAUUGUUGUCAUAGUUCUCUGCGUUAGAACUAUGUUUAUGCCUGAUUUUAGUCAUACCGUUCAGGCCAUAUUUUUAUUUUCCCAUAUCAUGCCUGAUUUUAGUUAUACCGUUCAGGCUGAUAUGGCUGUGAUAGUUCUCUACGUUAGAACUAUGCUUAUGCCUGAUUUUAGUCAUACCGUUCAGGCCAUAUUUAUAUUUUCCAAUAUUAUGCCUGAUUUUAGUAAUACCGUUCAGGCUGAUAUUGGUGUUAUAGUUACCAUAUUUGUUAUUCGAUAUAACACCUUAUUCCAGAUGAAGCGCACAAGGCAGCGUAAAAAGACGGCCACGUCUACAACCUGCUUAUGUUGCAAGGGUACUACAUCCUCUGGCAAACAACCCAAAAACUCUACACCAGCAGGGCCGUCAAUGGAGCCGGCAGCGGACCAACCCAGAGAUGUUCCUAUACCGGCUGUGCCCGACAGCCUGACAUAUGCUCCAGCAGCCACAGGCUCCUCCACACCCUACCCAUCACAGGUCCAGUCGGACUUUCUCUUUCCAACUGCUACGACGAAUCGUCAAUUACCCUUGCCAUUGGACCCAAACGUAGGGCUACACACAGUGCCAUUGGACCCUAACGUCGGCCUACACACAGCCAUGCCCUCUUUUGACAUUGACUCCUCGAGUUCUUCCGAUGAGGACCAGGGUUUCAGCUUUUCCCAGGCACUACAUACACAUGCCAGGGACAUACUACCAGAUCUCCGAAUUCAAGGCAAUGGCUCCCCACAUGGACCUGCUGCCAACACCCAUCCCAGAGCACCAUUUCAUAUUUUGAAUCAAACAGUGUACAAAUUAUUGGACAAAUCCCUGGCUCCCUCCACAAAAGCCAGUUACAAAAAUGCUUUCCUCCAAUAUCAACGUUUUCAUUCCACUCAUUAUCCUUUGUCAAACUGCCUGCCUAUUACCACUGAUCGUUUAGCCCAAUUUAUUGCUUUCUGUCACAAUCUGAGUUUCCAGGCCAACACUAUUUCCACAUAUGUUUCGGCUUUGGGUUACAUUCAUAAAUUGUACAAUUUGGCAAACCCCACAGAAUCCUUCGUGAUCAAAAAGUUGUUGUACAGUUUACGCCGCACGUCAACCGCAGAUAAACGUCUGCCUUUCACUAUUGCCAAUAUUCGCACUUUACUGUUUUUCCUUCGGUCAAACAUAAAAGACCAUUACCAUCGAGUCCUAUUGAAGGCAAUGUUUCUAAUGGCAUUUUUUGGUCUUUUCCGGGUUGGGGAAUUGUCACUUUCACAUAAUGGUCAUCAAAAUACCAUUUCCCGCCAGGACCUUACUUUUUUGUACACCGAUUCCAAACUCUCAUCGGCAGUCGUUACAAUCCGUAAUUACAAACAUUCCAAGGGUCAAUGUACCUCAAUUCCUCUAGCCAGUCAAUCCAACAAACAGCUAUGCCCAGUCCGUGCAUUAUUUAAAUACAUACGGUUGUGUCCCUCUGAUACAGGCCCCCUUUUCAAAUUUGCUAACGGGGAGCCUGUCACAGCCACUUUCUUCAGGUCAAAUCUUAGAACCUGUGUUGUUGCUUCGCAAUUAAGCCCGCACCGUUAUACAUCCCAUUCUUUCCGUAUUGGCGGGGCUACGCACGCCCAUUCCCAAAACAUGUCAGCCUCUCAGAUUCAGCAGUUAGGUCGUUGGAAGUCCAACGCAUACCUUAAGUACAUUCGGGCCAACCCCUUGCCAGUUUAAAUCCCCCCCCCCCACAAGUCAGUCAACUGACCAUAAUAGACUCCGUGUAUUUCUCUAGCCAGUUUAAGUAUUACUCUAAAUGCCAGUGCAUAUACACCUAGAAGUGUACCAUUGUUUACAGUUACCUGACAGUUUAAGGCUGCAGGUGUUCAUACUUAGUUUUGCUGGUGCUUGCACUUUUUGUACAUAUUUGUUGUGUAUAUAUAUAUAUAUAUAUAUAUAUAUAGUUUGCUGACGGUUUAAGGCCGCAGCUCCAUGUUCUUUGUUAACAUUGCGUUAUGUUAAUAUUUUACCAUUAUUGUGUUUCUGUAACUUUUUGUUUACCUGACAGUUUAAGGCUGCAGGUACAUCAUUCACCAUUUUGGCUUGUACAGGUUUUUUAUGUACAAAUACGUUGUAAACAUCUUUUGUUGUCAGACAAGAUAAGGCCCAACUCCAUUUUGUGUUUGCCAUCAUGACUUUUGGCUUCGUCUACAAUUUUAUUUGAUAAUCUUUGUGAUGCCGUUUUUGUUUUGUCUACCUGACGGUUUAAGACUGCAGGUUGUUUUUUGCUUUUCAUACCAAUUUUUGUUGGCAUAUCGCUUCUGUCAUUGGCAACAAUCGGCCCACAGCCUCAUCAACAUAUUACAUCACUGCUUGCUAUGAUAGUUUAGAAUAUUUGUUUGUUUUUAUGUUUGUAUGCAGUGUACAUAUUAUUGACUUACUUUCAACUUUAUUUUCUCCACUUGUUGAUGUAUUCAUUGUUUUAUUAUUGUAUGUUAUUUACACUUUGUCUCGUUAGAUGCCAAAAUAUGUUGUGCAAUUCUUAUACAUGUAUAGGGUUUGUUCCACUCGGUUGUGUUCAAUUAUUCUAUGAUCUCCUUUCGCUGUAUUACGAUAAAUUCCAGUACGUCCAUUUUAGACCUUGCCAAUGUCAAGUUUUCAUCUUAUUUAAAAUUGAAAUUCUAUGUUCACGUAUAUGCUUUAAAUUUUUGUAAACCCACGGAGUGAUGGUUUAAAGCCAGACUUAUUAUUUUUUAACUUAUAACGUUACAUGUAGCAUAGUUAUUCUUUUCCAGACUUUUACUUUUAAUUUAUGUCUGUCCAUAUUUACAAUCUGCGUUAGUAUCCGUUCAGGAACAGUUACCUCCCUUUAUUCUAUUGCGAUCUUCUCCCGUACUUCAUGGGCGGCGGGGUUCCCCUUACGGCUCCCCUUUGUGGCGUGUUUGUUCCGCCCAUUAUGUCAGUAUAGGAAAUAACAUGAUAUAUUUUCAUCUAUGUUAUGGCAUUUUACAAUAAAUGCCCAUUUUCGAUCAA